AUGUCAGCACUCACAUAUCAAAGUAAACGUCGAGUACUCGCGCCGCCUAUUCUUAACCCAUAUGAAGAUGUAGAAGCGAAAGAAGAUUACACUCCAUAUCAACAACAUCCACGGAAGGAACAAACUAGAAAUGCCCGGGAAUAUCACACGGUUCCCUCAUCAUCAUAUCAAUCCCAAUAUGAGAAUCCAGAGAGUGGUGUAUAUCAUGAACUAGAUGAUGAUAAUGAUAAUAAUAACAACAAUAAUAACAAUAUCAACAAUAAUGAGAGCAUUAGUCUAUACAACACACUCCCACCACCACUACCUCCACCAUCUGUAUUACCAGUCUCAACUAACACACCUCACUCAAAUACCAACAUCCAACAAUCUAAACAACAACAACAGCAAUCUAAACAACAAUUACAUUCACGUGAGGUAUACAGAAAAGGAGCAUCACCACCACGACAUGAACCGAUAGAAGCGACAUCACAUCCACGUAGAGCUCAACCACAAGCCCCACGCACACGUGGUCCGAACUCCACUACAGUGAUAAUAGAAGUGGAGGCCGAUCAAGUAACGAAUUCCACAUCUAAACCCUCCGAAGUGGAUUUCUCCUGUCGUGAAACACAACUUCCACAUACUGAUCGUUUGACUAAACAAUCAUAUCGAUCCUCUAGUUCUCGUCGUCCAUCUAAUAGUAAUCGCACUUCACUGAGGGAUGAUGAUCUUUACAGUGGUGGUGGGACACGUGAUCGAAGAAGAAGUAGUAGUAGUAGUACUGCUGCUGAGGUAGAAACACAGGAAUAUGCACAAGCAGAAAGAAAACAACAACAACAACAAUCGCAACGACAAUCUCAACAACAAGGACAAUAUCAACAACAGCAAUCUCAACAACAACAACAACAAUUAGAUUCAAAAUUUGUUAUUCAGAGUGCCUUUACUCAACAAAAUCCGUUUCGCCGUCAAACCUUUGAGGAGUUUUGUUGUUUUCCUGAUUACAGUGCCCCAAGCACUUUCUCUACAUAUAAACCCGAGUUAAAUGGAUGGUCAGGAUUUCAGCGAGCAGCAGAGGGUGGAUUUCAUAAUCAAUUCACCAAAGAGGCUCUCCUGCAGGGAAAUUCCAAUCGAUCUACUGUUUACCCAAUUCCUCCUGCAGCUCUUGCAGUCUUACAGGCUGGUGAUUGGUUUCUUAAGUGGACACGACGCGGUAAAGUGCAUGAACGUUUUGUUUGGCUUGAUACACAACGCGAUAUAAUCGUAUGGGGACAAAAUCCACGAUACGCAUUUGUAUUGCUUUCCCAUUUAAAGUUAAAUGAUGUUGUAGAUGUUCGCCCAGAUUGUUUGUUUGAUGAGUCCACACAACGCACUUUUUAUCGUCUCUCUUUUGUUACUGAAGAACGUACAAUUGUAUUUGCCACUGAAAUGCGUGAUAAAUUUGAUUUUUGGUUUAAUGCCCUACAAAAGAUAAUCUCUACAGGGAGGAGUUCAGCGAAAUGGUCUGGACUGUGGGGUUCUGUAGAGUCUCAGGCGGCGGCGAAGGUAACAAGUGCGAGUGAUUGGGCCUCACGUAGUAGUCCACUGCAUGCUGUUUUGCACGGUUACGUGACUUCAUCUAAUUCUGCAGGGGCGGGGGCGAUGUUAACACAUAUGCGUGGACAAGUGUUACCAAGUGAUUAG